GGCCAAAAGCAACGAUCAUUGUGAAGAUAUAAGACUGUUACUUUAGUAUUUACUCGGUUGACUGGACAUGGCAGGGAAGGAAGAGUGGCAGAGAUUAGCUGACAUCAUCCAACAUUGGAACAACACCCGACUGGAUCUGUUUGAGAUCAGUCUGCCAUGCAAGAACUUAGAGUUCCAUGGAGUAAUGCGGUUCUACUUUGAGGACCAUGUUGCAGGGAACGUUGCCACCAAGUGCCUGCGUAUCAGCAGCACCACCACCACUGGAGAGGUUAUUGAAACACUGUCAGAGAAGUUCAGACCGGACAUGAAGAUGUUGAAUACUCCCUAUUUCCUGUUUGAGGUCCAUGCUAACAAGGAAGAACGGCAGCUGGACCUGAGUGAAAAACCUCUGGUUGUGCAGCUGAACUGGAAUACACACAACAGGGAGGGCCGCUUCGUACUCAAGAAGGAUAAGGACAUUUGGCCUUUAUCCAUACAGGACAACAGCCCAGAGAAAAAGAAGGGAGGCAUGAUCCAGAACUUCAAGAGGACACUGUCGAGGAAAGAGAAGAAGAAGGAGAAGAAGAAGACGGGAGAUGAUGCUGUUAACCACUCGGCAAAGCCUAAUGGGUCCACUAUGAGGAAAGAGAAUGGGCAGAUAUCAGCUUCUGUACCUGUGGAGAAGUCCUGGACCAACAAGGAUAUUGUUUCUAACCCUGACACAACAGAAUGCAAGAAAAGUUCCACGUGGCGAGGCAUGGUCCGUAAGCAUAACCAGCAACAAGACUAUGGAACGAGGAAUGAAAGAGAUCAGGACAACAUGGACCAACUUGCACUUCCAGUUGGUAUUAAAUUCAGGGAAAAUUCUGAGGACCCCUUCCUCUCUGCAGUCAUCAACUACACCAACAGUUCCACUGUCCACUUCAAGCUCUCCCCUGCCUACGUCCUGUACAUGGCCGGACGCUUCGUCCUCCACCGCCAUUAUAGUCACAGUCAGGAGACAUCACAGAGUCAUCGCCCCUCAGAGCACACACACAGAGUCACCGCUACUGUCAACAAGAUGGUAGCCAUGACUGAGGUGGUCAUCCAGAAGCAGAAGUCCAUAGCUGGUGCUGUAGCCUUCUGGAUGGCCAAUGCCUCAGAGCUCCUGAACUUCCUAAAGCAGGACAGAGAUCUAAGCCCCAUCACACUGCAGGCUCAGGAGAACCUGGCACACCUGGUGUACAAAGCUUUCAAGUGUUUGACUCAGUGUCUGCUGGCUGAUCUGAGCAGACACUUGCCAGAAUUCCUUAUUUAUCCCGAGGGGAGUCAAUCACCUGCAGGAAUAGAGGGCGUACUGCAAACCUUGAUGGGUGCCAUGUCUCUGCUGCGUCGCUGUCGAGUCAACGCUGCCCUCACCAUCCAGCUGUUCUCCCAACUCUUCCACUCCAUCAGUGCCUGGCUCUUCAACAGGCUGCUGAGCCCCAGCCCCCAGGGAGAGGCCUGCUCCCUGGGCCUUAGGUCCCACUACUGGGGGGCCACCCUCCGCCAGAGGCUUAGCCUGGUGGAGGACUGGGCAGAGAGGCAAGGUCUGGAGCUGGCCGCAGACUGCCACCUCAGCCGCAUCAUACAGGUAACAAUGCUGUUGACCAUGAACAAGUAUUCCAUGCAAGAUUCUGAGAACAUCCAGAAUACCUGCUUCAAGUUAAACUCCUUGCAGCUUCGAACACUGAUGACAAGCUACCUCUACGAUACCAACGAGCCCCGCAUUGCCCCUGGUGUGAUUGACAGGGUGGUGGCGGCUGCAGAAGCCAGUGCUGAUGAAAUGUUGCGUAAUGAAGGGCAUGACCUCCAGCUGGAGGAGGGGCCAGACCUCCACCUGCCCUUCCUGCUCCCUGAGGAAGGCUACUCCUGUGACACGGUCAAUGGCAUCCCGCAGGGCUUCAGAGAGUUCCUGGAACCUAUCUGCCGCAAAGGCCUCUGCACUCUGAUGUCUCACCCCCAGUCUGGUGGCACCUGGACCAUCUUCUUCAGCCGAGCAAACAGUUUCUUUGCACAGGAUGCAAACCCGCCACUGCAUAGAGAACUUGAGGUUGUGACUAUUACACUGACAAAACCCUUGAACAGUGGAAUGGGGGUCAGCAUCGUGGCGGCCAAGGGAGCAGGACAAGACAACCUUGGGAUUUAUGUCAAGUCUAUCGUCAAAGGAGGACCAGCAGAAAUGGAUUGCAGGUUAACUGCUGGGGAUCAGUUGCUGUGUGUGGAUGGACACAGUCUCGUGGGCCUCUCACAGGAAAGGGCAGCAGGCAUAAUGAUGCACACUGGGUCAGUUGUGACUUUACAGGUUGCCAAGCAGGGAGCAACAUGCCAUGGUCUGGCUGCCUUGCUAGAUGAACCACCUUCAGUAUCAACUACAGCUUUGGAUGGUAGUGGCCCCACCACCAGCAGCCAUGCUAAGCCGAACGGCAAGGCCCUGAUCGUGUAUGACAGCAUGGAGCAGAGCUCUGGGCCCUCAGGACUAUGGGGUAAUAACUCCCAUGGAGGGAACAGGAGACAGAGAGAACAGACCCUGCUGAAGAACAGACAGCUAUACCGCUCCAACCCUAACAUGAUCAGCCCAGAAGGAGAACCAGUUGAUCCAGCCAUCCCAACAGACAGUAAAAUCACUGCAGUCUCCACCAGCAACCUUCUGUGCUCUGAUAUGUACCAAAGGGAAUACCUGACUCUACCAGCCCCUAGGUCUCAGGACAAGAAGACAGUAGCCUUUGAACUCCCACCUCAGGAGCCCAAAGUCUCGUUUAAUCUAGAUGGACAGAUCUCCAACAAGAGGACCUUGAUGAAGAUCCAACAACAACAAGCCUUGAGGAGGGUGCAAACAGUGACGUCCCAACUGUUCCCAACCCAGUCAAAAGACACAUCCCUCCAGAGACCUCCAGCUAAACCACAACCAGGGACCACCACAGGACAUCAGGACCAAUACUUCAGCAUGAAUAAAGAGCCACCAUCAGAAGGCAACAAAAGUCUGUCUCCAGACCCAUGGAAGAGGGAUGCAUGGGAGAAGCAGCAGAAGCAGCAGAGACUACAGGUGGUCGACCUGUUGGAACAGGAGAUCCAGGAUCUGCAGGCUAAAGCCCAGCUCACACCAGAGGAGACCAACAGGCUUCGUAGGCUCAACCUGGAGUGGCAAUUUCAACAGAGACUGCAGGAGUUCCAACAGAAUGGAAAUUAUGAUGAUGAUGAGGAUGAUGACGAAGAAGAAGAUAGAGACACGUCAACAGGAGAACAUUUUCAAGAGUCGAAUGAACUCAACGUAAACUUUGAUGAGAAGUGCUCGAAGGAAGGCCAGGAAGAGAACAACUUCAAAGGUGACGCAACACCUGAGAAUCUCACAUUUAAGGAGCGCCAACGUCUCUUCUCCCUCGGAUCAAACACCUCCAUCAAAGUCAAAGCCUUGUAAGAUGAGGAUCCUGAGAAGAUGGCCUCAACAUUCGGUCAAGGCUCAUCGAUCAAGGCUCAACCUUUUUAUAAGCUACAGUAGAAACCAAUCAGAAGAUAUUAGAAUUAAUAUUAUAAUCUAUAUUCUGUGGAAAAAUGUGGACUGUCUUUGUGAUUUCUCGGCAUAUUUACUUCUCUUUUCUCCUAAUUGAUCUUUACAUUUAGACUGUCGAAGCCUCAGCCUUUACCACGAGUAUGUCCUCCCAAAUUGAGGUGCCACCAACCUCCUAUGCCUCCUUUACAACUCAGGACAUCCUACUUGUAUGAAUAGUUCACUAUGUUUAGGGGUGACUCCACAAUAGUCCACGUGUACAGUAAUCUGAGCCCUUCUGAUCUCAUCGGUGCCUGAGAUUUUCCUGGUCUUUGCCAGCAUGGUUCCUGUCCUGCCAUGGCCAUGAAUACAGUAGACAGCUACCCCCUACAGCAGAGAGAAGUACAUAUGGUUGAGUACAUAAGUAAACAUACAGAAGGCUAUGCGUUUAUACACAUCAUUGUUUGAGAAUAAUUAGCCUGUGUUCACUGUCCAGACCUGUCACAUUGAAAUCAGUGGUUAAUGUUCAUUUAGCUUCAUGUGUCAGAAAUAAGAACCUCUUUGAUGUAUUGACUGAAUAAUGGGUUACUGAAUACUUUUUAACUGAAUCCUUAUAUAGCCUUUUGCAUUUAUUCCUCCACAAUGGACGUAAACCUCAGAAUCUUCUCUGGAGUUGGUGAGGUUUAGGAGCUUUUCUCACACAAGCACACCAGGUGUCGUAUGCAAUUGUCCAGUAGGUACAGGUAAUAGGAAGUCAUUUGAGGGAGUGCCAAUCUGGCCAAUUUGAUAGGUUCGACCCAGGAAAAAUUGGGGGGUGGACUACAGUCAAUCUGAAAAUAGUGUGAAAUGUAGAUGUUGUUAUAUAUUCACAGCUACAGUGCCUUCAGAAAGUUUUCACACCCCUUGACUUUUUACAAAUGUUGUUGUGUUAGAGCCUGAAUUUAAAAUGGAUUAAAUUGGGAUUUUGUGUCACUGGCCUACCAGAAUACCCUAUAAUGUCAAAGGAAUUAAUUUAUUCGAAAUGUUCACAAAAUCAUUCAAAGUGAAACGUGGAAAUGUCUUAAGUCAAUAAGUAUUCAACCCCUUUGUUAUGGCAAUCCUAAAUAAGUUCAGGAGUAAACAUCUGCUUACCAAGUAACAUAAGUCACUCUGUGUGCAAUAAUUGUCACGGCUGAUUUGUAGCAGGGAUCGGAUCAAAAUGCAGCUGGUAAGUGUCCAUAGUUGUUUUUAAUGAAAUAAACCGAAACACAACAAAACAAUAAACAAACCGUG